CGAUAUUAGGGAAAGGAAAUAAUGCUCAUGCAGUGCACGUACCGAUUGGCAUCACCGUCGAUUGAUGAUCGGACGGCGGUGGUUUGUGACUGUAUGUUUUGUGAUUUCCUUCUCUUCUUCCCUUAGCUGCGAAUUAGAAUUGUUCUAAUUUCUUCCUUAUUUUUCGAUUUCAAACUGAAUUUCGCUGAUAAUUUCCCAUUUCCGAUUUCCAUCGUUUCUCCUUUCUCAAUCUCAAUGGCAUCUUCAAAUCCCAUUCAUCUUUUAAUCUUCUUCUCAAUUCACUACUCCAUUUCAUUCCCUUCUUCCUCUAUGGAUUCCACCUUCCUUACCCCUCCAUUCCUUCACUCUUGAUCUCUAUCCCUCUCCACGAUCUUAUUUCAGGUUGAAUCGGUGGGGUGGGCCUGAUGUUUGCUUAUAAUAUGAAUUUUUAUAUGCGACCAAUUCUGUCUCUAUUCGUUUCAAAGUCUGCGUAGAUUCAUUUGCCCCUCUUUUUAAUACUUCCAUAGGUUGGGAUUUUAGAGAGGUUAAAAUCCCUGAAGAUGGUUUCUGGGAGUAAUACGGAUAUGCUAUCAAUACCUAAUGAAGGUCAUCAAGUUCCUGCUGGAAAUUUUGAAGAUAAUUUACGGACUGAGCUUGAACUACUUCUGAGAGAGAAUUCUAAUCACUCAGUAGCAGGACGAGGUGGAGAUCUGAAUAUUUAUAGGAGUGGCAGUGCUCCUCCAACAGUUGAGGGAUCCAUAAAUGCUGUUGGGAGUCUAUUUACGAGUUCUUAUUAUAAUGAGUUCAACACUAAGAGUGGUAGUAAUGAUGGGGUUUUGUCUGAGGAUGAAAUUCGUUCACACCCAGAUUAUCUUUCUUACUAUUACUCCAAUGAUCACAUCAAUCCUAGACUCCCUCCACCAUUAGUAUCGAAAGAGGACUGGCGUGUUGCGCAACGGUUUCAGGGCAUUGGAUCUUCAUUGGGACGGCAAGGGGAUUGGAACUGGAAGAAGUUAGUUGAUGGUAAUACUAGUUCGUCAUUGUUCUCUAUGCAGCCUGGAAGUUCUGUACAGCGGACAGAUAAAAAUAACGGUAAUGUAAUGGAGUUUGGAGAUGCUAAUGGAAAGAACCUCCCUAGAAAGACUCUAUCUGAGUGGCACGACAGAGGGAGAGAAGGUUUCGUUGGAUCAGGCGGUAACGGACUCGGUGCAAGAAGGAAGAGUUUUGCUGAUAUUGUUCAGGAAGGACUUGGUGAAUCUGCUUCCAUGUCUGGCCAAUUGUCACGCCCUGCAAGUCAUAAUUCUUUUGGUGAUGUUGACAAUAUGGGAAUGAAUGAUAUAAAGCCACCCGGAUUAUGUAAUGGAGUGGGUCCUAUUGAGGAUAUGCAUACCCCAGGCCCCCCUGGCUUUGUUGGAGUGCAGAGUCAUAAUAAAGCAGCGUCUCAUUCCUUUCUGAAUCCAAAUUGUUCAACUCUGUCAAGAAGCACAACUCCUGAACCACAGCUAGUUGGAAGGUCUUUAAGUUUCGGUUUACCUCCUGUCGGUAGUAGAGUUUUUGCCGUGGAGAAGAAGAACAUAACUUCAUCCAAGGUUCAAAAUGGUUAUUCUGCUGGGUUUACUGAACUGCCCGACAUAUCUGGUUUACACCUGUCAUCAAUUAGACAUGAAGAUGGAGUCAAUGGGGCGCAAUCUCGACUUCAACUGGAUCUUGGUGAACAGUCAGAUUUCCUGAUCAACAUGCCCAAUGGUAUUCUCCCACGUACUCUGCCUGACCUUAGUGACAAAAAACUCUCGAAACCAAGUGAUAAUAUAGACCUAACAAGGAAAAGUGGGAUUGUAAUGAACCCCAGAGCGUCUACAAUGAGUUCUCAUGAUCAUGUUAACUUUCCCAAAAGAACUUCUUCUUCUACCAAUCUAUACUCUAAACCAAAUUCAUCAGGCUUUGUAAGCAAGGACGGGCCUACCAGACACCUUCAAAAUGCAAACCUUCAGAGUGUGGAUUUGGCUGGAUAUCCUUCUGGUGACUUUUCAAUGAAUAUGAAUCACAGUUCUGCUAUGAAUAGCUAUGGAACUUCUGAUCACAUCAAACUGCCAUCUGGAACCUCUGAUCGUCCAAACCAUGCCGGAUCUAGUUUGCAACCCCAUAAUUACUAUGGCAUUUCUCAAGGAGACUUGCAAGGCCUCCGAAGUGCCUAUCUAGAAGCCUUGCUUGCCCAACAAAAGCAGCACUAUGAGCUGUCACUUUCAGGUAACUCGAGUGUUUAUAAUCACAGAUUGUAUACAAAUACUCCAUAUGGUUCUGGCAUCCCUUAUUUGGCGGACCAAGCAUUGGAUUCCGGUCUUUCUUCUGUUGGACAUGGUGGUACAAUGUUGCAGAAUGAACGAAUCCUACGCUUUAACUCAAUGAUGAGAACUUCAAUAGGAGCUCAUGGGUCUUGGCAGCCAGAAAUUGGCAAUACUGCAGAUAGAAGUUUUCCAUCAACUUUAUUGGAUGAGUUCAAAAGCAACAAAACUAGAUCUUUUGAGCUUUCGGAUAUUGUUGAUCAUGUCAUUGAAUUCAGUAUGGAUCAAUAUGGAAGCCGUUUUAUCCAGCAAAAGUUGGAAACAGCCAAUGUGGAAGAGAAGACAAAGAUAUUUCCAGAAAUAAUUCCACACGCCCGUACCUUGAUGACUGAUGUCUUUGGAAAUUAUGUUAUUCAGAAAUUUUUUGAACAUGGUACUGCAAGUCAAAGGAAGGAGUUGGCUGAACAACUUUCAGGGCAUGUUUUGCCUCUUAGUCUUCAAAUGUAUGGAUGCAGAGUGAUUCAGAAGGCUUUGGAGGUAGUUGAUUCAGAGCAACAGACACAAAUGGUUGCUGAGCUUGAUGGCUCCAUAAUGAAAUGUGUCCGUGAUCAGAACGGAAACCAUGUUAUUCAGAAAUGUAUCGAAUGCAUCCCUCAAGAGAGAAUUCAGUUUAUUAUAUCAGCAUUUUAUGGCCAGGUUCUGGCACUAUCCACUCAUCCUUAUGGCUGCCGUGUUAUUCAGAGGGUAUUAGAACACUGCGAUGAUUCGAAUACACAACAAAUUAUCAUGGAUGAAAUCAUGCAAUCCGUUUGCCUCCUGGCUCAAGAUCAAUAUGGAAAUUAUGUUAUCCAGCAUGUACUUGAAUUUGGUAAACCACACGAGCGGUCUGUUAUUAUAAGUAAGCUUGCAGGACAGAUUGUAAAAAUGAGUCAGCAGAAGUUUGCUUCUAAUGUUGUGGAGAAGUGUUUAACAUUUGGCAGUCCUGAGGAACGUCAACUAUUAGUUAACGAGAUUUUGGGUUCUACUGAUGAGAAUGAGCCCUUGCAGGCAAUGAUGAAGGAUCCAUUUGGGAACUACGUUGUCCAAAAAGUUCUGGAGUCAUGUGAUGACCAUAGUCUUGAGUUGAUUCUCUCUCGAAUCAGAGUUCACUUGAAUUCCCUCAAGAGGUAUACAUAUGGUAAACAUAUUGUAUCUCGAGUUGAAAAGCUCAUCACAACUGGAGAAAGGAGAAUUGGACAGUCUUCGACUUCUUCUUCGUUCCCUUCUUAGAGCAGUUUUGCGCAUUUGCAGCAAGUCAGUAUCCUGCUGCCUUCAUCCAAAAGAAUUCCCUUUCAUUUUCUUCAGGUUGUGCAGUGCAGUGCAGAAAAUGUCUUAAAGAGUGAUCUUUCAGCUGACAGGUUAACAGUAAAAUUGUAAAUAAACAAGAAAAUCCAUAAAGCCAGCAUUUAUGGAACAGGGGCAGGGCAAGAAAAAGGGUCCCUGUAAGUGAGAAUAACAAUAUUGGAGACAGAGUUUGUAUAUUUUGCAACCCUCAAUCUCUCGGAAUUUGCAGAUAGAGAGAAGUUCUUAUAUAUAUAUAUAUCUAUAUAUAUGCAUAUAUAUAUUAUGUAAAGCUAAACCCAAAUUGUAAAUGACUAAAGAAGUAAAGGAACUAUUGUAUGAUAAAAUAUCUCUAUAUGUACAAGGAGAAGCUAUAUAUAUGACAACCUUGUAAGUGGAGUCUUGUAUACUAUCAUCUAUAUCUAUUUUCCACUGUCAUAAAUUAUGUAAAUACUCAAUAAUUUACCCAUAGUAGUUAUUGCCUUCUCUACUCUUU